GGUAGGUCUAGGCUGGUGAGGUCCUUAUAUAAAGGAGGGGUUUCGCGCAGCUAGCUUCUCUUUCACCAGCUUGCGAGGUUAUAUAAACCUACAGGUCCCCUAAUGUCAACAACUUCAGCUUCUUUAUCCAUCAUGGCUAGAGAAUCAACUACCAUGCGCGCCGCGCGCACCGCCGCCGCCACCGCCGCCCGCCGAGCCCGCCACGAGGCAGCCAGGCGCGCGGACACCUUUCAAGAGCUUCUGCUCGCUCCGCGUGCCCGCGCCCGCCCUCGCUCGGUCUCGCCUUUGGGCAGCAGUGGUUUGGCUUCGGCCAAACGAGCUUCCUCUGUGGGAGUGGAGGGCUCCUUUAAGGGUCCUUUCGACCCUCACGCUCCCCUCCCUACCCUCCCCACCACCAGCACCACCACUAGCACCAACCCCGGCGCCACAGCAGUGGGUGGGUCCCCUUCCAGGGUACCACUCGUUAGGGGCACCCGCAGGGUGAUCCCCUGUGGGACUUGUGUGGCCGCGCUGCUGACGAGCAGCUCAGCUGAUCUUUGUUACGACGUGGAGAACGCUAGCUGACGGGCGAAGAGGUGUUUCUGGUGCUCCCACAGGCACUCCUGCCAGGCUCUGUA